CCUCGGACGAGGGAGGAGCUGAGCACGCCGGGGCGACGCCGCGGGAGGUUCUAGAAACGCCGGCUGCUGCGCGUGUCCAGUUGCGGAGACCCGUGGUGAUUGACUAAUUGAACAAACAGCCUUCAGUGUGCCUGGAGACUGCAAAGACAGGCAGGCAGAGGAAAGACUCAGAAAGUUCAGGUCUAGAGGAGCAGCAAGAUACUGCCCUUUCCCAUCAUGGAGCUCCAGGUGUUGGUGUUGCUGAUGUCCUGGUUUGGAGCCCUGAGCCGGGUGCAGGCAGAAUUCUUCACCUCUAUUGGGCACAUGACUGAUCUGAUUUAUGCAGAGAAGGACCUUGUGCAGUCUCUGAAGGAGUACAUCCUUGUGGAGGAAGCCAAGCUCUCCAAGAUUAAGAGCUGGGCCAGUAAAAUGGAAGCCCUGACCAGCAAGUCAGCUGCUGACCCCGAGGGCUACCUGGCUCAUCCUGUGAAUGCCUAUAAGCUGGUGAAGCGGUUGAACACAGAGUGGCCUGCACUGGGGGACCUUGUCCUGCAGGACUCAGCUGCAGGUUUUGUCGCCAACCUCUCCGUGCAGCGGCAGUUCUUCCCCACCGACGAGGACGAGUCUGGAGCCGCCAGAGCACUGAUGAGACUUCAGGACACGUACAAACUGGACCCAGACACAAUUUCCAGGGGGGAUCUUCCAGGAACAAAGUACCAGGCCGUGCUGAGUGUGGACGACUGCUUUGGAAUGGGCCGCUCAGCCUACAAUGAAGGAGACUAUUACCAUACUGUGCUGUGGAUGGAGCAGGUGCUGAAGCAGCUCGACGCUGGGGAGGAGGCCACCAUCACAAAAUCCCUGGUGCUGGACUACCUGAGCUAUGCUGUCUUCCAGCUGGGUGACCUGCACCGUGCUGUGGAGCUCACCCGCCGCCUGCUCUCUCUUGACCCAAGCCAUGAACGAGCUGGCGGGAAUCUUCGGUACUUUGAGCGGCUGCUAGAGGAAGAAAGAGAAAAAUCAUUGUUCAAUCAGACAGAAGCUGGACUGGCGACCCAGGAAAACCUGUACGAGAGGCCCGUGGACUACCUCCCCGAGAGGGAUGUGUAUGAGAGCCUGUGUCGUGGGGAGGGCGUCAAACUGACGCCCCGGAGGCAGAAGAAGCUCUUCUGUAGGUACCAUCAUGGUAACAGGGUGCCACAGCUCCUCAUCGCCCCCUUCAAAGAGGAAGAUGAAUGGGAUAGUCCGCACAUUGUCAGAUACUAUGACGUCAUGUCGGAUGAAGAAAUCGAGAGGAUCAAGGAAAUCGCUAAGCCCAAACUCGCACGAGCUACUGUUCGUGACCCCAAGACAGGUGUCCUCACUGUUGCCAGCUACAGAGUUUCCAAAAGCUCCUGGCUAGAGGAGGAUGAUGACCCUGUUGUGGCCCGCGUCAACCGUCGAAUGCAGCAUAUCACAGGGUUGACCGUGAAGACUGCAGAACUGUUGCAGGUCGCAAACUACGGAAUGGGAGGACAGUACGAACCACACUUUGACUUCUCUAGGCGACCUUUUGACAGCGGCCUCAAAACGGAGGGGAAUAGGUUAGCGACGUUUCUUAACUAUAGCGAUGAGCAAGAUGCUUUCAAGCGUUUAGGGACUGGGAAUCGUGUGGCCACGUUUCUAAACUACAUGAGUGAUGUAGAAGCUGGAGGUGCCACCGUCUUUCCUGACUUGGGAGCUGCAAUUUGGCCCAAGAAGGGCACAGCUGUCUUCUGGUACAACCUUCUGCGGAGUGGGGAAGGCGAUUAUCGGACGAGACACGCGGCCUGUCCCGUACUCGUGGGCUGCAAGUGGGUCUCCAAUAAGUGGUUCCAUGAACGAGGGCAAGAGUUCCUGAGGCCUUGUGGGACAACAGAAGUUGAUUGACAUCCUCGACUGCUCUGCUCCUUCCUGGUCCCACAGCCCAAGUCAUCCUCAAGUUCAGCGUGACAGAUUCCUUUAUAUGUUCCAGCUCCUGUCAGGCAGGUCAGCGGAGGAGCCAGCGUUUGUCUGAAUUUGAGAGAGUGUGUCCUGGGCCGAGUCCUGGGUGACCUGAACCCCAGACUCUGGCCAGCCUGUGCCUGCUCUGACUCCAAGGGUAGCAUUGGUGUGGCUGCUGCAGAACCAAACUGUGUGGCACCUAUUGGUGCCUUUGUACCUCAGAUGUUUCAGGUGGGAGAGGUUUUAGUGAAACCAAAGUUCUAAUGCUGUGUUUACAGGUUUGUUUUUAUGACAUUUCUAUUUGUUGUGGCUUUAACCAAAAAAUAAAAUGUUCCCUGCCAGAAGCCUUAAA